AAAAGAAGACAAAGUAUUUUUCAAUAUUCAUUAACGAUUGUCCUUUAAAACGAUAGAAAAUAAUAUUAGAACAUCCAACUCCUCGCAGAUGCAUCAUGGAAAAAAAAUUGAAUAUAUUUUCCGUUUUUAUACCUAAAAAAAGAUCAUCUUAAGUAUAUACUACAAUCUUAAAUAGUACAUACCUCUAGACUCAUAAUCGUGACUUAAAACAAUUUUAAAAUCACACUUCAAACAUAAUUUUAAUCCCUUAAUUACUUGAAAACUUGAAAACUUUUUACUCGAACUAAGCGCGCUAUCGUAAGUUUAAAAUCCUACGAUUACGUCACGAGUACCUAUCCUACUCUAUGAACUUGGAGAGCGUCAUAAAUGUUAGGUGGUGUAAAUAGUGGGGAUAGGAGGAACAAAUUUGUCCACGCCCCUCUUUAAUAAUAAUCUUUAUUUCAGAUAACUAUAUCUAUAUUAACAUACAGAAAGAUAAGAUAAAUUGAGAAAAGGGCUAUUCUUCCAAUUCAUGAAAAUCAUUUUAAACACAAACUACAAAUGUAUAUUUUAAAAUAUAAUCUUUGUCAAAUAAACCAGUCAAGAUCAUUUCGAACAUUAAACUUAAGAACAAGCUAUGAAUACAACCCAUUUUAUCUUAUUCGAUCUUAAUAUAUUUUAUAGAUAAUAUUAGAAAAUAUAUUCUUUUAUAUUUUGUUUAUAUUAUAAAUUUGAAACAAGUUUCUGUGUUUCAAAAUAAUGACAGUUACGUUAUUACUCUCCAAUAACAUGUGAAGUAUUAGAGAUGAACAUCUCUUCCAAGUUCACGAAAAUAACAAGAGAUCAAAAUGUUCGAUAUUUUCUUUCCUGGAACUUUAUGUUUUAUACUAAUAUCGGUUAUUUUCACUGUAAAAUCUGAAAACUAUGACUUUUGCCCAAAAUCCGAUGAAAUUAUGAGAUCCGAGGAAAAUUGUGGAAAUUUUGAAAAUUUAUCGAACAAACGCUAUAUAUUAUACGAUGUUAAUCCUCCUGAAGGUUUCAAUCUAAGAAGAGACGUAUACGUUCGUGUUGCUGUUUUUAUAAAGAAUUUAAGUAAAAAGGAUAAAAAAUACGAUUGGCAUUUAGUUCUACCACCUUGGGGUGAUUUGUAUCAUUGGCGAAGCAAAGACGUAGGUCCACAAGUAUCGUUGCCAUGGGGUUUGUUUUUUGAUAUUGCAAGUUUACAAAAAUAUGCUCCUGUUAUUGAAAUGUACAAAUUCUUCGAAGAAUAUUUUUCGAAUAAUAAAAAGACACAGUUGGAUAUUGUGUAUAAUUUACAAAACGACGAAGAAAUGUUUAAAACCGGUUUAUUCGAUGAUAAGAAUAAAGAAACGGAGUGUUCUUCCAAACUUAUACGUUAUAGACAAUUGAAAGAAGAGUAUAUUGGUUACUUUUGGAAUUUUUCUAAUGUCACUAGUAAACAAGUGAAAUGUAUUUUGUUUCAUGGAACGACGUCGAAUCUCAAAGUUAAUCUUAAUCCUUCUCUUUAUAGAUCUGUCAUGUUUGAUCAUAUGGAAAUACCUUUGCACGAUUCUUAUGGUUCUAAAGAUUACUGGAAGGCAAGACGUAGUAUGCGUUACAAUUCUGAGCUUUACCACAUUGCGUCUGACUUCAGAGCAAAAUAUUUAAAUUCUACAGAUAAAAAUGACAAUACCGAACGCCCUCUCGAUUGGACCAAAGAAAAAAAAAAAAGAAAUGCAAUUGGUGGUCCGUACUUGUCAGUUCAUUUGAGAAGACGCGAUUUUCUUGUCGGCCGGACAAAAUCAGUGCCAACGAUAAAAGGAGCCGCGUUUCAGUUGGCAAACAAAAUGAAAGAAUACGGAUUGGAACUUUUAUUUGUAGCUACUGAUGCAGAUGAACAAGAAAUUGCUGAACUUAAGUCAUACUUACCACAAUAUAGAUUUUUAAAUUAUGUGCCAUCAAAUGAUGUUAAAAGAAAGUUUAAGGAUGGUGGUAUUGCAAUUAUAGAUCAAAUAAUUUGCUCAUACGCUAGGUACUUUAUUGGAACACACGAGUCAACUUUUACAUUUAGGAUACAAGAGGACAGAGAGAUUAUUGGAUUUCCUCCAGAGAGAACUUUCAAUCGAUUGUGUAAAACUAAAGAGAAGUGUUCAUCUGGCGAACGCUGGGAAAUAGCAUGGUAAUGUGAUUUCAGGAAGUGUUGAUUAUUGUAAUUUUUUAAGAACUCGAAUCUUGAUACAUUUUUAAAAAUAUUUUACUAUUAAUAUUAAAUAAAUA